AUGAAUAGGAAUGUUUUAUUUAAGUUUUUUGAUCCUGUUACUUUGGCAGGAGAUCAAAUCAGGGGAGAAUGUUUCAUCAGAAUAACACAGGAAAUACCAAAGGCUUAAAUAGUUUUGACUUUUUAAACCAAAAUGUAUUCCAAGAUAAUUGACAAAAAGUAGAUACCUUAUGAUCAAAGCAAUCCUCAAAUGAUCCCAGAGAAAUUGGUUGAGAGAGCUCAAAGAAUUUAAGUGACUCUGGAUUCUCCAUUUAGAUAGCCCAAGCAAACUCAGAAGAAAUAUGAGCUCAAUGGUGAUAUCAUGUAUAGAGUGAUUAGACAUUAUGGAACUCAUGAAUCCUUUGUUUACACCCAGGAAUUGUACACUGGAUAAGUGAAACCAGGCGAUUAUAAAUUUUAAUUUAGUGUUCCUACCCAAUAUAACAUGUCUUCAAGUUUUUCGUACAAAAGCGAAGAUGGGUUGAAAUAAGCCAAAUGCGGUUAUAAGGUGACUUUGAGAGUUGAUCUACCCGAUGAGGCUAGCACUUUAAUGAUGGAAAGUGCUGAUGUCUUUAUUAAUGGAAGGACAGCCUCUGAAUGUGAGCAAUUUAGGUAAUGUGAAGGAAAUAUAGUUUAAUUUUUGUGUUUAAAUCGAGGAACAGUAGAACUUUCAUUGAAAAUAAACAAAAACAAUUUCAUUCCAGGAGAACAAUUGCAAAUUGAGUAUACAUUGGAUAACACUCGUUCUUAAAGAUCCAUCAGUAGAGUUGAAGCUAGAUUGAUCAAUAAGCUCACGUUUAUUGAUGAUGAUGAAAUGGAAAGGGUAGUAGAAAAUGUGAAAGUAUUUCAACAGAAUCUAGGGGGAGUCAAUUCUGGUUAAAAAUUGGAAAGACAAAAUGCCUUAUUAGAAAUACCAAAAUAUCUCAGAGCUACUAUUAAAACUAAUAUUAUCAGAAACUAAUACUUUUUGUAAAUGGAAGCUAUUGCUGACGCUUUCUUAACUUGGUUGUCAGUUCCAGUAGUCUGCCAAAUCCCUAUUAAUAUUCAGGAAUCUCAAUUACCUCAGAAAAUCAAUUUGGAAGGAUGGAACUUUUUACCUAUCAUGAAUGUCUCAGUCAAUGCAUUUUCCAAUCUAACUGUUCAAUAGUCAUUUGUACCAACAUGA